ACUGUGAUGGAGGAAGUGUCGGCCAGGGCCGAUAAGCAGAACUGAGUUAUGAGGCAGGAUUAAAAGUCAUUUCAAGUCAAGGGCCCAGGGGUCUUGGAGAGUGAGGUUGUUGCAGGCAAUGAUCAGGGGAUAGGGAGAAGGUCCUGAGUUCUAAGUUGAGACUCAUUUGGUUUAAGAAAGAUGUACCCCCUUUCUGCCAUCUGUCUGUGCCUCCAUAAUGGCACAGGUGAAGGUCCUGGCUGAUGCUCUCAACAGCAUUAACACUGCUGCAAAGAGGCGAAGGCUAGGUUCUUAUCAGGCCAUGCUUCAAAGUUAUUUCCAGUUUCUAACUGUGAUGAUGAAGCAUAGUUACGUUGGUCAGUUUGAAAUCAUCGAUGCUCACAGAGCUUGGAAAAUUGUUGUGAACCCCACAGGCAGGCUAAACAAGCGUGGAGUGAUCAGCCCCAUAUGUGAUGUGCAACUCAAAGAUCUCGAAAAAUGGCAGAAUAACCCACUCCCAUCCCAUCAGUGUGGUUUCAUUGCACUGACAACCUCAUCUGGCAUCAUGAAUCAUGAGGAAGCAAGACAAAAACACCCAGCAGGGAAAAUUUGGGGAUUCUUUUUCUACAGAUGUAAUAAAUUUGUGCAAACAGAAUGCCUCAAUGGGAGGGAGAAAAAGAUGCACAGCUCAAUUUUCACCUCCCCACAUGGGUGGCCUGCCCUCUCUGAGCAUCUUCCAGAGCCCUAACUUGUGUC